CCCCGGGGCGGGCAAACUUCCCGCGCGCGGUGUGGCCGGUGCUCGGCGUCAUGGCGAAGGUUGAGGAGAAGCUUCCGCUGAUCGACCCGGAGAAGGGAAAGCUGCUUCAGGCGCUGCAAGAUGACGGGGUCAAGAAGGGCCACGUGCGCCGCAGAGUGCAAGAGGCAUUCGGCGAGCGCGUGAACCCCAAGUUCGCAGAACAUGCGGAGCAUGCAUUCCGAGGAGCUUGUGCCCUGGUCUUCUUUGCGAUACCCUUGGUGAUCCCAGAUGGGCUCUUUGCCCCACGGGAUUACCUCAUGAAGGUGGGGGUCUAUGGAAGCGGCGUAUGCAUGUUCAUCAUCUUCAACCUGGGCACCUCCUUCGGCGAAGCCUUCGAUCGGGUGAAGAGCGGCCUGCAGGGCAAUCUCAUGGCCGCCAUCAUGGGCUGGAGCAUGUACGGCCUCUUCCCCGAGGGGGUGCAGAGUGAAAUGCCCGGCUCGGACUUCGUCUUUUGGGGCGGCGUGGGCGUGGGCUGCGCCUUCGUGGGCAGUCUCCUCAUCUUGCGCUUCAACGUGUCCACCCAGAUGUUUGCGCUCUCCAGUUUUGCGUGCACCUGGAUGAACUUUCUGGACGAGAACCAGAAGUCCGGCAUCAUCCCCCCCUGGAGGCACGGCUGGUCUUUGGAGAACGACGUGCUGACGCAAAGCUUCGCGUGCACGGGCAUGGGCAUGAUCGCGGUGAUGAUCGCCUCCCUGCUGCCCUACCCCCGGUGGUCCUUGGACUUCGCCAUGGAGAACCAGCUGCACGCGAACACCCAGAUGGUGCGUGUCUUGCAAACCAUGAUGAAGUACUACGCGGAGGACACGCCCAACCGCUACAUCAAGGAUCAGGUGAUACGCAGGCUGGGCAAGAUGAAAGGCCUCACUUUCUGCAAUCGCAACUUGUUAGCCCACGCCUGGUGGGAGUGUUACGGCUUCGGCAGCCCCCAGAUGAAGCGCCGCGUGCUGGCGGCCAUGGACAGCACGACUCAGAGCAUCUUCGACAUCACCUGGAACGCCUGGCGGGAAUCCAUCUCGGAGGAAGCCGGGGAGCGCGACGCCACCCUCAUCCGCAAGGCGAAGCCCAAGAUCGAUGAGCUGCUGAUGUCGAUGGAGGUGACGAUGAAUUUGCUGGUGAAGGCGGCCUCCGAUGGGGCGCUUUACCCCGCCGAGACCUUGGCGCUGAAGAAGAGCUUCGAGGACAUCCAGGCCAAGGACAAGGAGCUGGCCGCCCACUUCCACGAGGCCAGGCACGAGGUGACGCAGGGCAACGCGCUGGUGGUCUACCAGG